AUGGGAAACUGCAGCUGUCUGGAGAGGGUGAGGGUGACGGCGUGGGACGACGUCGACGAUGACUUGGGCCUGCCGGCCGAGCGUUCCGGCAGCGCGCGAAGGGUGGUGUCGGCGGAGAACAGCGGAGGAACGCGCAUCAAGAUCAGAAUGACCAAGGGCCAGCUGCGGCGGCUGCUGGAGACCGCCGGUCGCGGAGGGGCGCCUGACGAAGACGUCGUGGCGGAGAUCAUGAGCAUGGGCACCGUGCGCGUCGACGUCGAGGAGUUCCGGCACGCGGCGGAGAGGCACCGGCCACCCAAGCUCGAGACGAUACAGGAAGACGACUUGGAUGAGUAG